AUGACACCCUAUGUUGCCUUCCAGCCAUACUGUGCAUCCUACACAGUUUUAUAUGGCGGUAGUGUUCCUUACACGGCAAAUUCGGUAGUCUUAAAUGGAUCCUACCAGGGACAACUUCCAGCCCCUGGUGUUGGUCCGCCCUUUGUUAGUAGCGCAUUUCCUGUAUAUAAUUCUAUCCCAACGAAUUAUCCAUACGUUUUUCCGACUGGGCAGUUUUCAGCUCCCCCUUUUUUCGGUUAUCCAGGGUACGACCAUGUUGAGCAAACCCAGCAAAACGUUCCUUACACUUCCUUAUCUUUUCUUCCCCCACCCCUUCACUCAAUCACUCCCUCGAUGCUGCCAUCAGCAUCUCCCUCGGCUCCUCUGCCCGUUCCCCUUUCCGUUCCCGUUCCAUCGCAUCCAGCAGCGAACCCUUCGCGUGCUCCCGUGUUUUGUCCAUCGUGCAGGACGCUCUCCUACCAGGAUCCGAGCUUGCCGGGCUCGUUUGUCUGUCCGACGUGCGAUCGCCGGCUGUUUUCCGAGGGAGCGACCGACAAACCGCGCGCGGCCGAGCUGGAAAGCGAAGCCAAGCGCGUGCAGACGAUGGAGCAAGGCUUGAGGCCGUUGAAGACGAACUUGAACCAGAUGAACUCGAUGAAUGGAAUGAAUUCAACGAACUCAAUGAACUCGAUGAAUGGAAUAAACUCAAUGAACGCAUUGAACUCAAUGAAUGGAAUGAAUGGAAUGAAUUCAACGAACUCAAUGAACUCGAUGAAUGGAAUAAACUCAAUGAACGCAUUGAACUCAAUGAAUGGAAUAAACUCAAUGAGUUCAACGAACGCAUUGAAUGGAAUGAACUCAACGAACUCAAUGAAUGGAAUGAACGCAUUGAACUCAAUGAGCGGCAUGAGAGGAGUAAACACAAUCAGUAAUAUGAAAGGAAUGAAUCCUUUGAGCGGAGAGCGUCUUGAUCUCUAUGAGCGUCGCGAUCUUUUCGCUCCUCCUGGCCGAUUGGACCCUCCGCUCAGCACUUCCAGCGCCUUUCCUCGCUCCUCGUUCUCCCACGUCGCCCACGUUCCAAUGGUCCCCAUCAUUCCGAACCACCCGAACGCAUUGACCUCGCCCAUCUCCUCCGCCUCCAUUCUCCACGACGUCAAGCUGGUGCUCAACAGCCUGCUCGCGCGCGUGGAGAAGAUCGUCCUCAAAGAGGAGCGGCAAAUCCAGGAGGACGUGCAGACCAUCAUGUCCAAUCUGCUCACGCGCGUCGAGCAAUACACGGCCGGCCACCUCCACUGCUGCUGCUUCCAGCCGUCCUUCGUGCAGCGGCAUUUCAUUCAGUGCAACAAAUGCGAUGUCUGGUACCACACCAGCUGCGUGGGCGUCGAUUCGCGCAAGCUCGGGCUCAUCGAGGACUUUUUGUGUCCCUGGUGCGACACCGACCACACCAUGAAACUCCAGUUCGAAAAGCUCGCCGAGGAGCAGCCGGCGAUUUGUCCGCUCUGCAAGCGCCAGUUCCCGCGGCCGUGCAAUCUCUCUCGCCACUUGCACUCGCGGCAUGGAAUGAAAUGGUCGCUCCACAUGCAGCUGCACGUGGAUUUGGACGAAUAUCUCGACCAGGAUUUGCCGCUCUGCGCGAACGCGAGUUCCCCCGCGCGGCCUCUCUGCGAAGGCUGCUUUUUUCGAGAGAACGAAGACGUUCUGAAGCGGUUUCCGAUGGACAAAAAGCGACUGCGCUUUCUGCUGCGGAAGCUGCGCGCGAAGCCGAUUCAGUGGUGGGUGAAUCGCUCGAUUUUGGUGCGGAAAGACGGGGAGUUUGUGAAGGGAACGAUUUGCGGACUUCGUCCGAGAGGCGAAGUGAAUGUGCGAAUCGACGAGUCAGUGAGUCUGUUCGGCCCGCUGUUCAAUGGGAAUCAGAACGCGCGGAUCCCCAUUCUCGGGUUUACCUACGAGUUGGAGCUGUGGCGAGCGGUUCCCUACGACCAGCCUCGCGAUAGCAAGCGCGAUAUCAAGCUGUUUCUUCGCCGCUCUUGUUUUGUUUGUUAA